AUACUUUUCUUCACAGAACGACUGGAAAGGAGAUCUCUGAGAUCUCUCUCGGACUGUGCCACUUCGUAAAACCCUAACGCCAUGUCGAAAUCCUUGGUCGCCUUUACGCUAAUCGCUCUUCUUCCAUUUCUCUGCCUUGCCUUCUCCCCCGAGAAUCCAACAGAUCGCAAAGUCCUUGUCUUACUCGAUGACUUUGCCAUCAAAUCUUCACAUUCUUUGUUCUUCAAGUCCAUCCAGUCUCGAGGUUUCCACCUCGAUUUCAAGCUCGCCGAUGACCCCAAGAUCGCCUUGCAAAGAUAUGGACGCUAUUUCUAUGAUGCAUUGAUCUUGUUUGCGCCAACAAUCGAACGCUUUGGGGGAUCCGUCGAUCCUGCUGCUAUACUGGAUUUUGUUGAUUCGGGCCAUGAUUUAAUUCUUGCUGCUGAUUCUAAUGCAUCUGAGUUGAUCCGAGAAAUUGCCACUGAAUGUGGUGUUGAUUUUGAUGAGGAUCCAGCUGCUGUAGUCAUCGACCACACCAGCUACGCGGUAUCAGAGACUGAGGGUCAUCACACAUUGAUUGCUAGUGACGAUUUGAUCAAGUCUGAUGUAAUUGUGGGAAGCCAGAAAAUUGAGGCUCCUGUACUUUUCCAGGGGAUUGGCCAUACUUUAAAUCCUGCCAAUAGCUUGGUGCUAAAAGCUCUCUCAGCAUCUCCCUCAGCGUAUUCUGCCAACCCAAAGUCCAAGCUAUCAAGUCCUCCACAACUAACUGGAUCAGCCAUCUCUCUGGUUUCAGUCAUACAGGCAAGAAACAAUGCCCGGAUUUUGAUCUCUGGAUCAUUAACUUUGUUUAGCAACCGAUUCUUCAAAUCUGGGGUGCAGAAGGCUGGAAGUCCAACCAAAUAUGAUAAGUCAGGCAACGAGCAGUUUUCAGUUGAACUAAGCAAAUGGGUUUUCCACGAGAGAGGUCAUCUUAAGGCUGUUAAUGUUAAGCACCACAAAGUUGGGGAAACUGAUGAGCCAGCAAUGUACAGGAUUAAUGAUGAAUUGGAAUAUUCAGUUGAGAUUUACGAGUGGUCUGGUAAGGCAUGGGAGCCAUAUGUAACUGAUGAUGUUCAGGUGCAGUUUUACAUGAUGAGCCCCUAUGUUUUAAAAACUUUAUCGACUGACAACAAGGGUCUUUAUCAUGCGGCCUUCAAAGUUCCAGAUGUAUAUGGAGUAUUCCAGUUCAAGGUUGAGUAUCAAAAACUUGGCUACACUACCUUAUCUCUGUCAAAGCAGAUUCCAGUGAGACCCUUUAGGCACAAUGAAUAUGAAAGAUUCAUUCCUACAGCCUAUCCAUACUAUGGAUCAGCAUUUUCGAUGAUGGCUGGGUUCUUCAUCUUCACUAUUGUUCACCUAUACAACAAGUAACCAACUUUGCAGAUGCAAUUAAGUCAAUGUGAGGAUGCAGAGCUUAGUUUUUUUUUUUUUUCUGAUUUUGAAUUAUUAUUUGAGCUCUACUUCUUUUGCGUACUCUAAUUUUUGAAUGUUGCUGCUAAAAUUAUAGAUACUUUAGUCUUAGUGAUUAAUGUAGGGGAAUGACAAUUUUGUUGAGAAGCAGCUCUUGUUUUAACUAUAGAAUUAUUCUAUGUACAAUGCAUCACGUGGAAAUUUUAAUUUU